AUGCUCAAGGCAAGGACAUUCAAGCCUCGCAAUCUCCCCUGCCCAAUCCCAGGAUGCGGCAAAUUCUUCCUCAACAAGUCGGGCGUUAGCAAUCAUGUCAAUGCGAAGCAUCCACAAUUCCACCCACGGACGCCGUCUCCAGAUUCUGAUGGUCAGCCGUGUGAUCGCUAUGGCAAUUUCCUACUCCCAAACACGCCUCAGGCUCCUCCUCCUCGCGACCAUCCUUCUGCUGAUGACUUCGCACCAUAUGCAAACCAGCACGACUUUGUGCUUGCUGAUUUGUUGUAUCGGCGAAUUCAGAUGUCUGCAGGAGAAAUUGACGAACUUAUGCAGAAUUGGGCGGCACGUCCUGGAGCAAGAGAUCCGCCUUUUGUUGACCACAAAGAUCUCUACAAUACUAUCGACGCCACGGAGCUCGAGCAUGUACCGUGGCAAUCGUUCUCUGUACAAUACAAUCGACCGAUUGUGCCUGGUGAUACAACUCCGUGGAAGUCACAGGAAUACAUCAUCCACUUCCGGGAUCCUCGUCUAGUUCUUCGUAACCAGCUGGCCAAUCCGGAUUUCAAGGGGGAAAUGGACUUCACUCCCAAAAGGGUGUUCGGUGAGGGAGAUAGUCGAGAAUAUGAAGAUUUCAUGUCAGGGAAUUGGGCAUGGCGGCAAGCGGAUAUCAUUGCCGACGAUCCAGCAACGCAUGGCUCGACUUUUGUUCCUGUCAUUCUUGGUAGUGACAAAACUACGGUUUCGGUCGCGACUGGUCAGAAUGAAUACUACCCCCUUUACUUGUCCAAUGGACUUGUCCACAACGGUGUUCGGCGUGCCCACCGCAAUGCGGUGACGUUAAUUGGAUUCCUUGCGAUCCCAAAGACCGAUCGAGAGAAUCAAGGCUCGGAUGAAUUCCGCACCUUUCGACGGAAUUUGUUCCAUGCCUCACUCUCUCAUAUUCUUCAGUCUCUCAAGCCUGCAAUGACAGUUCCCGAAGUGGCGUUCUUUGGCGAUGGACAUUACCGCCGUGUUGUUUAUGGCCUCGGUCCGUACAUUGCUGAUUAUCCUGAGCAAGUGCUCCUUGCUUGCGUUGUCCAAGGCUGGUGUACGGCUUCUAAUAAGGAUCUUGAUGGUCCCGGCGGUCGCCGCUCUCAGGCGCAUACUGAGCUUUUAUUUCAAGCGCUUGAUCACACUGGAAUGUGGGAUGAUUACGGUGUAAUACCUGAUGUUCUGCCAUUUACUUGGGACUUUCCGCGAGCGGAUAUCCACGAGUUGCUGUCUCCGGAUCUCCUUCACCAGGUCAUUAAGGGGACGUUCAAAGACCAUCUUGUGGCAUGGGUCGGCGAAUACUUCGAGAGCGAGCAUGGCAAGAAGAAGGCCGCCAAAAUCAUGGCAGACAUUGAUCGACGGCAAGUUUUAAUUGCGGCGGUUCCUCCUUUCCCGGGGCUUCGUCGCUUUCCCGAGGGUCGAGGAUUUAAGCAGUGGACAGGAGACGACUCGAAAGCCCUGAUGAAAGUCUAUCUUCCUGCCAUCGAGGGGCAUGUCCCACCCCAAAUGGUGCGCGCCUUUAGCGCCUUUUUAGAUUUCUGCUACCUUGUGCGCCGGAACAUCAUCAACGAAGCUACAUUGGUGGAGAUUGACACAGCGCUUGCUCGAUAUCACACUGAGCGCAUUAUAUUUCUUGAGUCCGAUGUCUGUCCAAACGGAUUCUGUCUUCCACGUCAACAUUCCCUGACACACUACCGCUACCUCAUUCAAGAGUUCGGUGCCCCCAAUGGACUUUGCUCAUCCAUCACAGAGUCCAAGCAUAUCAAAGCUGUCAAGGAGCCAUGGCGGCGGUCUAGUCGCUACCAGGCUCUCAGUCAAAUGCUCACUAUUAACGACCGUCUCGACAAACUCGCCGCGGCUCGUGUCAACUUUGUUGAUCGUGGUAUGAUGGCUGAUCCAUCCGCCCGUCCCCUUGCUCCCAUUCCUUCGGUGCUGGCUGGCCGCCAAGAUGACGACGACGAUGAUGGUGGUCCCAGUGAUGACAGGGUGAUUCUCGGAGAAGUGGUCUUGGCCAAAACCCACAUACGCAGCUAUCCCCGCAAUCCUGAUGCGCUGGCACAUUUUCUUCAUCUCCCACAACUCGUCCCCUUGAUCCGCCGAUUUCUCUAUGCGCAAUUACAUCCCGAUCGAGACCUCGACAUUCCCCUCUCCGAUAUCUCCCUAGACAACUGUCCAGAUGCUCCAGAUCGCGUUCGAGUCUUUCCGUCUGCUGUGGCGAAAUUCUUCGCACCCAGUGAUCAAUCCGGCAUUGCUGGUAUGCUCAAGGAGCGCAUCCGAGCAGUGCGCUCGUGGAGAGGUGGUCCUCCACGAUAUGAUUGCAUCUUUGUGGAAGGGAACCCGGAGCUUCCUGGAUUCCGUGGCCUUCUUGCCGCCCGAGUACUCCUUUUUUUCUCGUUCAUCCACCGUCGUGUUGUUUAUCCCUGUGCCUUGGUCACGUGGUUCUCUGCUAUCGGCGAUGAGCCAUGUCCUGAUGUCGGUAUGUGGAUGGUGGAGCCAGAUGUCGACAACAACGGCAAGCGUGUCAUGGACAUUAUUCAUGUAGAUACGAUUCUGCGCGGUGCACAUCUUAUUGGCAUCUCUGGCCAUCAUCAUCUACCUCGACACUUUAAGUAUUCGGACUCACUAGAUAGAUUCAGAGCAUUCUACAUCAAUAAGUACACUGAUCAUCACGCACAUGAAAUAGCAUUUUAG